AUGCGUUGGGCGAAGAAGGUCGCAACAUCGCGGUUACCGCUGCCUCGGUUCUCCCCGCGUGCGGUGCUGAUGUACAGCGCUGCUGUCGGCGGCGAGGGUGUCGCACUGCAACUUAGGGAGGCAACUCCAGCUGAAAUAGAUGCGAGGCUAGAUGAGCGGCUCGCGAUCGCCUGCCACGAGCCAGAGCUACUUGCGGACUUGUUACACGCUGCAGUUGAUAUUGGUAAAAUUAUAUUUUUAUUUUACUGUGGUUUAGCUUUCUCAAAAGCUUGA